UCUACUAUUUCACCGCCGUGUUAAAGAUCUCAAUAGGUUGCCGGUGGAUAAUAUUAUAUUAUUUUAAUUAUUGCUAAUUUUAUUUAUGUAAUAUUAAAUAAAAUCGCAUAGAAAACACUUAAUCAACAUGACGGCGGACGUGCAGAGUAAGGCAAAACUGCCUCAUCUUUCGUCCGAAAAACAACUAACAUUUCUAAAGUUAGCUAUUUUAUCCAUGGCAGCGAUUCUAUCAUUUGCGACACGAUUGUUUUCUGUGCUACGUUUCGAAAGUGUCAUCCACGAGUUUGAUCCAUACUUCAACUACAGGACAACUAGAUUUCUCACACAAGAGGGAUUUUAUAAGUUUCAUAACUGGUUUGACGAUCGAGCAUGGUACCCCUUGGGGCGUAUUAUUGGAGGAACAAUAUACCCUGGCCUGAUGGUGACCUCCGCCACAUUGUACAACAUAAUGCAGUUCCUGAACAUCACCAUCGACAUCAGGAAUGUGUGUGUGUUCCUGGCGCCAUUCUUCUCUUCUCUCACCACUCUUGUUACUUAUUUGCUCACCAAGGAGCUGAAGGAUGAAGGUGCUGGACUUGUGGCAGCUGCAAUGAUCGCCAUUGUACCUGGUUACAUCAGUCGAUCGGUCGCCGGCAGUUACGACAAUGAGGGAAUAGCCAUAUUCUGCAUGUUACUCACCUACUACUUCUGGAUUAAAGCUAUCAACACUGGCACCAUACUCUGGGCCACCAUGACUGCUCUAGCUUACUUCUACAUGGUGUCCUCGUGGGGUGGGUAUGUGUUCCUCAUCAACUUGAUGCCGCUCCACGUGCUCGCACUGAUGCUGCUUGGCCGGUUCUCUGUGCGCGUGUACGUCGCCUACAGCACGCUCUACUGCGUAGGUACCAUCCUGUCCAUGCAGAUACCAUUUGUUGGUUUUCAACCUGUUCAAAGCUCGGAACAUAUGUUGGCAUUGGGCACAUUCGGUCUGUGCCAGCUGGUGGCGUUCACUCAAUACCUUCGCGCUAGACUGUCGCCAGCAAACUUCGAACUGCUAUUCCGCGCGUUGCUGUUCUCGUUGCUCGCCACUCUCGGUAGCGCCGUGCUUGCACUCACAAUUACUGGAAAAAUAUCACCAUGGACUGGAAGAUUCUACUCACUACUGGAUCCAUCGUACGCCAAGAACCACAUCCCCAUCAUAGCGUCCGUAUCGGAGCACCAGCCGACGUCGUGGUCGUCCUUCUACUUUGACCUGCAAGUCCUCGUGUUCCUGUUCCCCGCGGGACUGUACUUCUGCUUCAGCAAGUUGACAGAUGCUAACAUAUUCAUCAUACUCUACGGAGUUCUCAGUAUAUAUUUUGCUGGCGUGAUGGUCCGUCUGAUGCUGGUACUGGCUCCGGUGAUGUGCAUAGUGUCGGGUGUGGCGGCAUCCAGUCUGCUCAGUUUGCACGUGAAAGAUAUUGAGCCGAAAGUUGAGAAGCACGAGAAAAAGAAGAAACAUGAAAAUAAUCUCGUCUUCCGUUCUGAGGUGGGCGCGGUGUUCGUGUGCGUGCUGGGCUGCCUGCUGGUGUCGUACGUGUUCCACUGCACGUGGGUGACGUCAGAGGCGUACUCGUCGCCGUCCAUCGUGCUGUCGGCGCGCGCACACGACGGCGCCAGGAUCAUCUUCGACGACUUCCGCGAGGCCUACACCUGGCUCAAGAUGAACACCGCUGAGGAUGCAAAAGUGAUGUCGUGGUGGGACUACGGCUAUCAAAUAACAGCAAUGGCGAAUCGUACAGUGAUAGUGGAUAAUAACACGUGGAACAACACACAUAUAUCACGCGUCGGUCAAGCGAUGGCAUCCACUGAGGAUAAGGCGUACGAGAUCAUGCGAGAAUUGGAUGUGGACUACGUCCUUGUCAUAUUCGGUGGACUGGUUGGAUACUCGUCUGACGACAUCAACAAGUUCCUGUGGAUGGUGAGGAUCGGCGGCAGCACUGACCGCGGCGCGCACAUCCGCGAGGCAGACUACUACACGCCCGCCGGAGAGUUCCGCGUCGACGCGGACGGCUCCGCCACGCUGCUCAACUGCCUCAUGUACAAGAUGAGCUACUACAAGUUCGGGCUCGUCUACACGGAGGGAGGACGACCACCCGGAUUCGACCGCGUCCGCGGCGCCGAGAUCGGCAAUAAAGACUUCAAUUUGGACGUUUUGGAGGAAGCAUACACGACCGAGCACUGGCUCGUUCGGAUUUACAAAGUGAAAUCAUUGCCCAACAGGGGUGUGUGAGGUAUAAACAGUAAAUUCAGUUCAUAACACAUUAAAACAUGACUGGAGUGCAUAAAGUGGGAUCUCUGUGUGGUAUGGAUUUAAAAGAAACGUACAUUAAGGUAUAUUGUGGGUCGAAAUCGUAUCCUAUUAAUAUUAUAAAUUUAAUAAUAUUGUAAAUUAUAAUGUUAUUAGGAAUACUGUAAACGCGGAAGUUUGUGAAGAUGAAUGGAUAUUUAAUUGUUACUCUUUCAUACAAAAACUACAAGUGAUUCCAGAACAUUUGGUACUCAAUAAAUUAAAUUAUAGAAAUUUUGAAUCUAAUAGAUAUAAAAUACAGAUUGUCCUCCGCACAUGAAACUUCAUUUACGCGGUACAACUUAGUGGAAUUAGAAUAUUAAAUAUUUUGUAUAAUCUGUAUUUUCUUUCAGCAAACCUCUUAGGUGAUUUAACAUAAAGAUAUAUACAGAAUAUUAACUAGCAAAUCUUCGAGUGUAGAUUAAAUUAAUUGCGUAUUUUAUGGAUAUAUCCCAACAUGCCUUGUAGUUUCUUAGGGGUUAUUACACUAUCCCAUAUACGAAAUUAUAGUUAUGUCAAUUUAAAAACCUAAUGAUGUCAUUUUAAUGUCAUAAUUUUAUUUGCCGUGUGUUAUACAUAACCUAGUGAGACAAAUUUUUAUUGUUUUUAAUAUUUAUUUAUAAAAAAUGUACAUAAUUCUUAUCUAUAUAUUUGAUAAUGUAUUAACUCCCUAAGCCGUUUAUUUAAUAUAAUAUAUAUGUACUUUAUUCUUCCAUUUUAAUGUGCUAUGAACACACAUGUUUAUAAUUUUAUAUUUGCGAAUUUAUGCGAGUGUUAAAGGUGUCAUUAAAUACGUGUCACAAAUUUUGUAGAACCAUUUUGUAUGUGCAAUGUUUACAAUUUUCUUAUAUCCUGGUUGUAUACCGUUACCAAAUGCGGAAACUGCCUAUAAGCGCUAAUGCAUAUGUGGAAAGCAUAUUAGGUAUAGCUUGCCUAAUCUUGCAUAUCUCUUUAUAUACAAUUACCAACAUUAACACAUAUAAAAUAAAUUUCCGAAACUAAAGUGUCUUAUAUGAAUAAAAUUUAUUUUUAAAUUGAAUGCUCAAAGCUUGUUGGAAUUGGUAAUAGUGUAAAACCAGUAUACCAAAUAAUUAUUUAAAUUAAUGUUCGUAAUAAGUAAUACUGUUGUUUUUUAUAUGAAAAUAUAGUAACACGUCACAAAUAGUGCUCUCUUAAGAAAAAAUUGCCACCAGCAAUUGUUAAUGAUUUAUUAAUAUCGUUUGCAAUGUUAGUUAAACUAUUUUUUACCAUUUUUAUUAUUUACGUCACAAAUAUUUAAUUUUAUUCAACUUUUGUUCUUUUAAACACCUACACAGACCAAUACUGAAGAGCGAUAAUAAUGUUUCCUGUUGCAAUACAAUGUUUAUAGUAGAUCCUUUGCUUUUAUCCCAUUAUUUGGGUAAUAAUACAACACUAUUGAAUAAAAUUCUAUGAAUAUGAAUUCUGUUCCAAUUCGGCAGAAAACUAUAAAAAUCGCCUAUGUCU